GCAAAAGAGAGGAGUGAAGCCAGAGAUGUCUCUCUCUUUCUCGCCCUUCACGGAACAAAUGCAGCCCUGAAACAGAGGAACCGGUGAAAAAGAGCAUUUUAAUGUCGACCCACCUCCUCUGAACUCUCGCUUUCUCCUUCUCUCUCUGUCUCCUUCUCUUCGUCGUAAUCUGAACAUUGUCAUCUCUUCUGGUUGCUUAGAAACCAUUUGUUUCACAUCUCUCUGUUUUGGGUUGGAUGAACCCACCAUCAUAAAGGAUAACAGAGGAGAGAUCUUUUGUGGUUUUCUGCAAUUUAUCACUUCUGUUACUCAGGUCUCCCUCUUUUUUUUUUGUUCUUUCAAAGUUCUCUUUACAUUAUCGCAUUAUAUCGGGUUUUCCUGUUUGAGUGGAAGAGAUGAGUAAAGAAGAGUUUUUGAAGAUCCAGACUUGUGUACUCAAAGUGAACAUUCACUGUGAUGGAUGUAAGCAGAAGGUGAAGAAACUGUUGCAGAAAAUCGAAGGCGUGUAUACCACCACCAUAGAUUCGGAACAGGGGAAGGUAACAGUUUCAGGAAAUGUUGACCCAGCGACACUCAUAAAGAAACUCGCGAAAUCUGGGAAACAUGCAGAGCUGUGGGGUGCUCAAAAGGCCAACAACAAGAACAUGCAAAUUGACAAUGGCAAAGGCGGCAAAGACAACAAAUCUCAAAAGGGUGGAAAAGACCAACAGAAGGGUGGUCAGCAGCAACAACCGCAGCAACAACAGCAGCAGCAGCAGCAGCUUCAACAGCAACUACAGCAACAGCAGAUGCUUCAAAAGCAACUACAGCAACAACAGCAGCUUCAACAGCAACUACAGAUGAAAGGGUUUAAAGAUCUAAGUAUGCUUCCCCCCCAAUUCAAGGAUCUAAAGUUGCCCUUCAAGGACCAGAAAUCUGUCAAGUUUGACUUGCCUGAGGACGAUGAGUUUAGUGAUGGGGAUAGCUUUGAUGACUACGAUGACGAAGAUUUUGAUGAUGACUAUGAAUUUGAUGAUGACUUUGAACAACCCCUUAACAAGAUGAAACCCAUGAUGGGUAAUGGUCAUGGGGCUAAUGUGAUGAUGAAUGCUCAACAACCCCAACUCAAAGCUGCCAACGGCGGUGGCGGUGGCGGUGGCGGUGCCAACGGGAAGAAAGGUGGUGGAGGUGAGAUUGAGAAGGGCAUGGCUGGAAAUAACGAUGGGAAGAAUAGCGGUGCAGGAAAAAAGGGUGGCAGUGGUGGAAACAACGGAGGCAAUCAAAAUCAAGGAGGCGGUGCCGGCAAAAAUGGAGGUAAAAAUGGUGGUGGUGGUGGUGGUGGAGGAAAUAACCAGAAGGGUGGCAAUAAUGGGAAUGGCGGUGGAGGGAACAAUCCCGGUGGUGCAGCUGGUGCUAAGAAGGGUGGUGGCGGCGGCGGCGGUGGUGGCGGCGGUGGUGGUGGUGGUGGUCAAGUAAUGAACAUGAACAACAUGAGGCCGCAGUCCCACCCAGGGUUUCAUGAUAUCGAUGUCACGCGUGGCAUGCCUGGUAAUGUGGGUCAGAUGGGUAAUAUUCCCAUGGGCCACAUGGGUCACAUGGGCAACAUUCCGGCAGUUCAAGGGCUUCCGGCAGCAGCAGCGAUGAACGCCGCCGGUGGUGGGUACUUCCAGGGAGCGGGGCCCGAGAUCAUGGCUGGGCACCCAUACCACCAACAACAGCAACUACAACAGCAACAACAGCAACAACAACAACAACAGUACAUGGCCAUGUUGAUGAACCAGGCACGCGCCAACGGGAACGAACGGUUCCAACCCAUGAUGUAUGCUCGGCCACCGCCGGCGGUCAGCUACUUUCCUCCACCACCGCCGGCAGAUCCCUACACCCAUUUCUUCAGUGAUGAGAACACUAGCAGUUGCAAUGUCAUGUGAAUUGGUUGAGUUAAACCCAUUUCUGUUAGUUUUCAUCUGCCUGGGUUGGGGUCUUUGUGGAGAUGAUGUGAUGCUCAGUAGUGGUGCUCUUCUUCUUCUUUCUUUUUCCUGAUCUUCGUUCUUUCAUCUUUCUUCAACAGUUCAAAGAUAGUGAUGGACCAGAUAAAGUCUGAUGCAAAAUUUACAGAUGGAGACAUGGAAUGAUGGGCUUAUUUAAUUUUCCUUUUUUUCUUUAGUGGGGAGUUAAAUUAUCUUAUAUUAUAUAGAUAGAUUAAUUAUAGAGGGAGUACUACUUAUAGAUGAUAGUAUAAUCCAAAAAAUGUCAGUGAAACCAGUGGGGUUUUGAUGUUGAUGAGCUCUUAUAUGACUCUUAUAAGAGUAUUUAAAGAGGAGAGAUGUGUUAAUAUUGUGUUUAUAAGGUUGGUGGAAAGGAAAUAAGAAAGAUAAUGGCCAGCAAUGUGUAUCCAUUCCUUACUCCUUAUUGCUCUUUAAUAAUAUAUGAUCUUUUCCUCUGUUUUCCAA